AUGACAAAGAAUGGCAAGUCUGAGGAGUUCGAUACCUCACGCCAGUCUUGUGAGAAGUUUGGUUUCUUCCCUGGUUCACGUGUCAAGACUCCAAAGGGUCCCGCAACAGUAAUCGGUGUCAAAGAGAACCAUCUAUGGUUUCAUCUAGACUCGGAUAAGGGUGCAUCAUAUUGGGACAAUGCAAAGGACUAUGAGACAUUGGUGUUCGUAUUGGAUGUACAGUUGAUGGAUGAUAUAGCACCAGUGGAAACAUCAAAACAAUAUAGAGUAAAGAGAGUACAGUACAAAGGUAAAGAGAGGAGGAUUGUACUACAGAAUGAGAAUGGUCCAUGUCCUUUGAUCUCAAUAGGCAACGUCCUACUGUUACAGGGCAAGAUCAACAUCGAACAAGAGAAUACAUUGAUAUCCUUGCAGAAGCUUGGCGACCUAAUCAUAAGAUAUGCAAAGCAACUCUACAAAGAUGAGCCACACUUUAUCCAGAUCAUAGAGGACUAUGACAAGACUGUACUCCCAACGUUGGAGACUGGUCUCAUUGUAAAUAUCUUAUUCAACAACAUCUUUGCAUUCGAGAAGAACCAUCCGAUUCAAAUCUUUGACUAUCUGAAGAUCAGACUGGUUCACGGAUGGCUCAGCGACCCAGAGAACGUCGAGGCACACAACUUGAUAAGCAACCUCAGCUACAACGAGCUGGCCACAAAGAUUGUGGACUUUGAGAAGAGCUUCCCUUUAAUCUCAUCAAAGGCCGAGAAGCAGAUCAGAGACUUGUUGAAUGGAAGCCAGUUGUCCUCUUAUGGAUUGGAACAGAUUAGAACAAGCUUGGAGGAGGACGAGAUAUGUGUAUUUUUUAGGAACAAUCACUUCGCCACGAUCACCAAGCACGAUGGCAGUCUGCACAUCUUGGUGACGGACAUUGGCUACGAGACGGAGAGGAACAUCGUGUGGGAGAAGAUCAUCACGUUGGACGGCGACAACAUCCUGCUAAAUAGCGAGUUUAAGACGAGGAAGGAUGCCAACAUGGACGAGGUCAUUGGCAAUCUGCUGGCCAUUGGUUUCCAGGAGUCCCACGUGCGCGAGGCCAUCGCUCACGUCAACAAGCAAGAGUCGAGCGAGGAGCCAUUCGAGCUGGCGAUCUCCUAUUUGAACAGCAAGAACUAUACCUGUUGA